CCCUAUUCAACAAGCCACUUAUUUGGCUACAGUCACUCGCUCUCUUUCACUACUAUGCAGGUUCGUAAAUCACCGAAGUUCUGCCUUACAUGCCGCGAGUAUUUAGAAGAUCGUGCUUCACUUGUAAUGGUAGCCUCAUACAGCAAUUGCUUAUCUUUAUAGAUGUGGACAAGAGGUAGUUGAGUCUAGCUGUUUCCUCCGUGACUUUUUGUCAACGCGAAGCCGUGAUAUGUUCUGGGACAAGUCCUUUUCAAAGGGGAAAAUCCGUUCUGACAUCUACUCAUGUGUUUGGAGCUGGUUGAAAAAGGUUACUUUCUUGUCCCGCAGAGUCUAGUUGCAAAAUUCUUAUCAGUAGGUAUGGCCUGAGGCCCCCAAAGAGCACACACACUCUCUCCCUGAAAGCCAAUAUUACCAUGGAAUCUCCUUUUCCAAAGUCUUCAUCGUCUGCUGGGGAGGGAUGCAUCAUCGUUGAUCUUUUACCAAAUCAUCUGUCUACGCUUGAGCACAUUAGCUACCAAUACCCGCUAAAGCUCAUCUCGCCAUCGCCCAAGACGGAUCAACCAAGCGUCCUAGUAUUCCUCCUUUCCUACGGAGGCGGCCUCGUCGGAGGUGAUCAAGUGAACCUCUCUGUUGAAGUCCGGCCCAGGGCAAAACUCAGCAUUGUGACCCAGGGCCAUACCAAGAUCUUCCAAUCUAGCAGUCCCCAUGUGGUCACGAGACAAACAUUACAAGUGGAGCUCAAGAGCCACGCUGCACUCUGCCUGCUUCCGGACCCCGUACAGCCUUUCGAGAACAGCGUGUACGAGCAGAUCCAAACAUUCAACGUUGCCUUUGGUGCGUCCUUAUGCUUGCUAGACUGGGUCACUCAUGGUCGUUCAGCUCGAGGUGAGAACUGGAGCUUGACACGAUGGGUAGGUCGUAAUGAGAUAUGGGCGUCUGAAGCUCCGAAGCUCUCCAGGCCUCGGCUCCUCGUGCGCGAUGCCAUCGUUCUUGAUGACAAAGAGCGAUCCACUCAGCUACAGACUCUCCAGGAGUCCAUGUACAAGCAUGCCGUCGUGGGUACCCUCAUCUUACGCGGCCCAAAGAUGAAGAAACUCGGCGAUUUCUUCCUCUCCGAGUUUACUGUGUUACCAAGACUGGGUGCUCGCGACUUUCGAAGUGCAGAGACCCGUCAGAAAGAGGCAGCAACUCCUCAGUUACCCAUAGAAAUCUGGCGGGCAACAAGACUCGCACAGGAGCGAGAGUCUAAUCUACUAUGGUCCGCAGCCAGUGUUCGCGGCUGCGUCAUUGUCAAGUUUGGCGCAGCUAACGUGGAAGCUGGACGCAACUGGAUUGGCUCCAUGCUGCUCCAGGAAGGAAGCCUCGAGCGAGAAUUUGGCGAGGCGGCCUUGAUGUGCAUCCGAUGAUGGAUUCCUAAACAUAUAAAGAGACUGCUUUCACACAUAGAAGGGCUACAGUUUUUUCGACAUUUGAUAUAUGUAAUAUGUACCUCUUACCCUGCCUACCUCUCUACAUGGAACGACGACCAACGUUGUUGAUUUGCUAGAGAAUUGCUUGGAUAGGACAAUUUCAUCAAAACAUUGCUAGAUAAUGCUUGAGAAUCCAAAGGAGCAAAUAACCAUCCAAAACGCAUGUGUAUAGUUUAUUUCCUUUCAGCACAAUGAACACCAAGUCACCCGCGAAAUCUGCCAUACAUAGCUAGUAGUAAGGUAAUAGACAGG